CCCCGCCCCCAGGAGAAGGGGAAAUAUAAGAAUUAUUUUCUGUAUGGGACCGAGUUGCUGAAGAAAACCUUCCCUGCUAGUGGUGAAGUUUCCUAAAUGACAUCCUCUCCGCUCAAUACCGUAGUAUUUCUGCGUGCCGUUUCUAGGUGUUUCGUAGUUUAGACUCCCCGCCCUACGCUUGCUACUCUGGUAUGGGAGGCACCAUCAACCAGAAGAGGAAGCCUUGGCCUACUGAGUCUGGCUGGGGAGAAGAGUGGAACCCAGCUGUGUCUUCUAACUGCUAGCCCAUCUUUCCCUCCUUUAUAUGGCUUAAGAAGAGCUCUGGCUUCUACAGCCCGUGGUGCCAAUGUUUGUUCUUCCUGAACCCACCCUCCAGGAGAUGAGACCCGCUCCUGACCCAGAGCGGGGAUCCUGGAAGUGCUCCAACAGAAUUAAGUUUUUUAAUGUUGUAGAGGCAUUGAGGAACUGCAUUUUAUCCCUCCUCUUCUCCCUGGCACUUUUACUGAAAGUGAGGUGUUCCUGGAUCCUGUAGGCCUGCUUGCUUCCAUUCUGCUGGUGCUGCUUGCAGAAGCCUGUUAAACCAGCUGGAUUGCUUAAAACAGGCUAAAGAGCAAGGUCAGGGCUGAAACAAGAAAGCUGAAUUAGACCAGAGGUCCAUCACUUGAUUUCAUACUGUGCACCACUGGAACUGCCUGCUAACCACCAGCUGAAAAAAAAGUAGAAGUUUGAAAAAUGGCAGAGUUCAAUAAAGUAUGAUUCUAUGAUUCUAAGUAGCGGAUCAAUCUGUGGAAGACAGGAAUAGCAUCAGCUUUAGUACAAUAUAACAGCUAAAAGUGUGAAUUGAAGAGUCACCAGCUGAGAUUAUCAAAUUAUUUAAUUAUAUUAGAUGAGCCUUUAAUCAGCCGUAACUAUAAGGGAGAUGUGCGCAUGUCUGAGAUCGAUUACUUCAUGCCACUCUUGAUGCAGAAGGAGGAAGAAUGUGCCCUGACACCACUCCUGACCCGUGGGAAGGUCCAUUUCCUCUGGAUCAAGCACAGCAACCUCUACUUGGUGGCUGUCACCAUGAAGAAUGCCAAUGCUUCACUGGUGUAUUCUUUUCUCUACAAAGUGGUGGAGGUCUUUUCUGAAUACUUCAAAGAGCUGGAAGAAGAAAGCAUCCGCGACAAUUUUGUCAUCGUGUACGAACUCCUGGAUGAGCUUAUGGACUUUGGGUUUCCCCAGACAACAGACAGUAAAAUUUUGCAGGAGUACAUCACACAGCAGGGCAACAAGCUGGAGACAGCCAAAUCCCGUGUUCCACCAACUGUCACCAAUGCAGUCUCCUGGAGGUCAGAGGGCAUUAAAUACAAGAAGAAUGAAGUCUUCAUUGAUGUCAUUGAAUCUGUCAACCUACUGGUUAAUGCCAAUGGGAGUGUCCUCCUGAGUGAGAUCGUCGGCUCCAUCAAGCUGAAGGUCUUCCUUUCAGGCAUGCCAGAGCUGCGCUUGGGCCUCAACGACAGGAUGCUCUUUGAACUCACAGGACGUGGGAAAAACAAGUCUGUGGAGCUGGAGGAUGUCAAGUUCCACCAGUGUGUGCGACUGUCACGUUUUGACAAUGACCGGACCAUCUCCUUUAUCCCACCUGAUGGAGAUUUUGAGCUCAUGUCCUACAGACUGAACACACAGGUCAAGCCUCUCAUCUGGAUUGAAUCUGUAAUUGAGAAGUUCUCUCACAGCCGAGUGGAGAUCAUGGUUAAGGCAAAGGGCCAGUUCAAGAAGCAAUCAGUGGCCAAUGGAGUGGAGAUAUGUGUGCCAGUCCCAAGUGAUGCUGACUCACCCAAGUUCAAAACCAGCAUUGGCAGUGCAAAAUAUCUGCCUGAAAAAAAUAUUGUCGUCUGGAGCAUCAAGUCCUUCCCGGGUGGCAAAGAGUACUUGAUGCGAGCCCACUUUGGGCUGCCCAGUGUGGAGAAUGAGGAGCUGGAAGGACGUCCACCCAUCUCAGUCCGGUUUGAGAUCCCAUACUUCACAGUCUCCGGGAUACAGGUGCGGUACAUGAAGAUAAUUGAGAAGAGUGGGUACCAGGCUCUGCCGUGGGUCCGCUACAUCACCCAGAGUGGGGAUUACCAGCUCCGGACACAUUGAUCUUGUGAUCCUGAAGACCUGGACAACCUCAAGAAUGAAGUCUGGAUGUGAACGAAGCCCCAAUAAUCCUUUUUACUCUUUCCGGCUCUCUCUGAAGCAGAUUGUAUAUGUAUAUCCUUUUCCUAGAAUGCCUCCCCGUCCCUCUCUCUGCCCAACUACAGCUUGAUUUGGUAGUAGUUCUUGGGGUGCUUGACCCAACGCCUCAAGGAAAAAUGAUGGCUCUUUGCUGUUGGCAUUUGUACUGCUUCCCUGACUGAAUGGCUGUGGACCUCUCUCUGGUGAAAAGUUGACAUGGUGUGCCUUGCCUGGAGAAGCUUCCAGGAGCAAUGCUGUCGUUGAUAACCUCUGUCCUUUAGAAGGUUCCACAGGACCAGAGCAGAAGUGGCAACUUCCUCAAUGCUCUGAAGGUUUGGUUUGGCACUCUAAUCACGGGGAUCAGUUCUGCCUUGCCUGCAGGUAACUAGGUAGUAUUAAGCAGAACUCUCCCUAGGUGCCUGGCUCCUUGCUGUGGUGCAGGUUGGACUGGAGAAGGGAGGGGCAGGGAGAGGUUGACCUACCAUUGUGUGGAAACUGGAACCAGAGGAUUCUGUUCAAAUCUUACCUUGGGAACAAACUCUCCAGGUAGCUGUGGGCAAGCCCCUUUUUUCUCUCAGCCUAAGUUCCCUAUUUGUACAGUGAGAAUAGCAGCUACCUCUUGCUUUUAAGAUGAGUGACACAUAAUAGGUAACUACUUUCACUUGUCCUUAGACCAUUAUGAGCUAUAAAUGUUAACUUAAAAUAAAUCAAUCCAUUUCAACA